CAAUGAAAUAACCGCUGGGACGGUGUCGAGGUAAUUAAUUGGAAUUCAAUUUCGAACCUACUAGCUUCCCCACUGGUCCCACAAUUUAAAGCAAUAUUCCUACCAGUCUGUUCCUUUAUUCUUAUUCUGAUAACUAAGCCAAGUGUUCUACUAUGAAGACCCACUUUGUUGAUUACUGCUAAAAAUACUAUUUGCCAAGUUUUAGGAAUUUCAUGAAAGCUCCGAUCGUAAUCUGGACGUAACUGUUUCACACUGAGAUGUUUGAGUUCCCCACAUAUCCUUAACUUUUUCCCGUAUUAAGAACCAAACUAUUAAAACUGCUUUUACUAUGGCUUUGACAGAUUAUGACACAACUAUCAAUAUUACAACCAGUGUUGUUACCACCCAAUGAUUAUUAAGACUCCAGUUCCAAUGUUCACUAAGAAUUCAGCCUGGAAUCAUUCCAGCAAUGUCACUGAUUUUGUCAUCAUUGAAUGUCUAUUACUACCACUAUUUAAAACUUUCCAGCUAAAUACUCUGGAAACAAUCAGUUUCUACCUUCCCAAUAAAAAGGGGAUUUUAAUUUACUCAGGCUAUGGGAAAAACCAAACAGCGAGAUUUACAGUUCUUUUUGAAAAUCUUUAAUCUAUCAAUUGAAUUUUAAGAUACCGAAAUAAUGAAUAUAAAAUGCUGGAGCUGCAUUUGAGCAGAAUUAGAAUGCAAAUAAUGGAAGCAAUGCUAAUAAGAGCUUAGAAGCUUGAGGUCUCGAUG